AUGUUCCCAGAAGUGGGUGACAGUGAGGGUGAGGAGCUACCCAUCGUUUCUUUUCUAAAGAGGCAGCCACCUCCAAGAGAUGAAGUAGUUGUCCUUUGCAGCUCGGAUUCUGAGGACUCAUCCACUCUAUCUCCUGCAUGGAAAAAGUCCUGUAGCAGACAAGGUUCAGCCGGAGCUGCUACUCAUCUGCAAAAAAUGGCAGAACUCAGCAGUGACAGUGAAGAGGAUGAGGGCCCAUUGCCCUUGGCUGAAAGGCUCAGGAAGAACCUUUCGAACACCAAGCCUUCUACAGUUGGGGCUUCAUUUACUAGAAUCCAGGAACCGAGAAACCAAGACUUGGUUGGGAGCAAGAGGCUAUACUCAAAUGAUGAACAAGUAGCCGCUGCUUGCUGGGAGCAGUCACUGCCCAGAGCAUCAGACAUUGGGAGAAGAGCUGCACCAAAUGCUUGGGAGUUGUCAGAUAGUGACCAGGAAGUGGCUCCUAGGGUUCCUAAGAAACAAUCUGUGAACCAGCUUUCAGUGUGUCUCUCUCAGUGCUCCGUAGAAAAUGGAAGCCACCGCAUGGCUGAGAUGAGCCUGAAGUCCAUCCCUCCUCCGACAAAAACAAAACACAGCCAGGAGGAGCUUGACAAAGCUCAGAAGAGAAAAGAUCAAGAAAGUCGGAAGAGGUUACAGGAGCAGGAAAGAGAGAGGAAGAAGACUCUUGCCAAUUUGCGGAAGGCUCAGAGGCCAGAAGAGUGUCAGAAACACAUUCAAGUAGUGCUGGAUCCAGGUCUUUUACAGGUAGAGGGUGGUGGACAGGUGCUUACCACUCUGCAGUGCAUGGACUGUAGUUACGUCAUAGAGAAUCAAGCUGUUCCUUGCAGUAUUACGUGGAGAAGGAAAUCGGGACUAGCUCAGGCUGAAGAAGACAACUGGAUAGAAGAACCUGACAUUCUUGUUCUCAUGCUCCUAGAAGAGUUUGUUCCCAUGAUCCAACACUAUAAGCAGGUUAAUGUGGAAGGAUCUGGUGUGACUCUGCAGAGUUUCGUGGCUAAUGUAAAGAAGAAAAUCCCUGGGAAAACUCUGGCACUGGCUGUAGUUGAACUGGAAAAAUACUUCAGUUGUCACAAGCAGAAGCAACAAAAAAGUCUCCAGCAAGCCAUACCUAACUGCAGUGAGGCACAGGAGCAGAGCAAACAAAGGAAUCGGAAAGGGAAGGCCAUUCCGACCCCAAAGUUAUCCAGAGUGGAUGUGGAAGAAGCUUUAGUAGGGCUACAGCUUCACACGGGCAUCCAGGUUCGAGUCCUCGAGAGCUGGAAGGAGUUUGCCGAUUUUGCCGGCAUGUUCACCAAGGCUGUAGCUGAAGCACCAUUCAAAAGAGAACGGGAUAAAACCAGCUUUUCCUUCUGCUUGGAGGGUGACUGGAUUGGAGGUAUAAAGGUAGACCGCUCUGGAAAGGGGCUGCUGCAAGUCUGGAAGAGACAGCUUCAGCAGUUUAAUCGAGUCAGUCUAGAGAUGGCCAAUGCCAUCGUGGCCAAAUACCCUUCUCCACUGCUCCUUGUACAGGCCUACAGGACCACCCCCUCUGAACGGGAGCGACAGAAUCUUCUUGCAGAAAUACCUGUACGUCGUGGUGAUGGUGUUACUGCCACUACGAGGCGGGUUGGUCCGGAGCUCUCCAAACGGAUUUACUUACAGAUGACUUCCCAUAAUCCUAACCUUUCACUGGAUGUUACUGGAUGA